AAAAUAACCUUAUUAACUAAGUAUCAUAAAUUUUUUUUUCAAAUUUAUUUUCUCACCUUGGGGCUUGAGACUAGCUCCUAGUCCUAGCAUAAUUAUUAAUAAUAUAAUGUCUCACCAAACGAACCUAUUGUUCCUGUCCAUAAAAACCCCAUCUUGCAUCUUUGGCCUUAAAUUUCUUUAACUAAACACCUCUUUUUACACCUCGCCUUCUGUCCCUGUCUACUGUUCUUUUCUCCUUCCCAAUGGCUCCGGCCAAACAAGUAUCCCGUGAAGUUUUUCCUUACCUUCGAGUAUACAGCGAUGGAACGAUCCAGAGAUAUGCUGGAAUAGAAGUUACACCCCCAGGCUUCGAUUCUCCAACUGGGGUUUUCUCCAAGGAUAUCUUUAUAGCAACGCCAGAAACCACUCUUUCCGCCAGACUCUACAGUCCGGCGGCUACUGAUUCCAUCAAGAACAAUAACCAAAAGCUUCCUCUUUUAGUUUAUUAUCACGGUGGAGCCUUUUGCAUAGCAUCACCUGCCGAGCCCAAAUACCACCACUGCAUCAAUCAGCUUGCUUCCCAAGCUAAAAUCAUCGUUCUUUCUGUUGAUUACAGGUUAGCUCCGGAAAACCCUCUACCUAUUGCUUAUCAAGACUCAUGGGCUGCACUUGAGUGGGUGUUUGCCCAUGCUAAUGGAGAUGAUGGAGUUGAUAACAUUAAAACCGAAGCAUGGCUACACGAUUAUGUAGACUUUGGACAGAUUUUUUUAGCAGGUGACAGUGCUGGUGCUAACAUUACACACCACUUAGCUUUAAAGGCAAGGAAUUCGGAUCCGGGUAUUGGAAAUAUCAAAGGUAUUGUUAUGAUCCAUCCAUAUUUCUGGGGAAAGGAUUCCAUAGGAGAAGAGAAAAUCGAUAGUAUAAGAAAAUCAAUGGUGGAUAAUUGGUGGACGUUUGUUUGCCCGUCCAACAAAGGGUGCGAUGAUCCAUAUAUUAACCCGUUCAUCAAUGGAGCUCCAAGUCUUAAAGGGCUGGCUUGUGAUAGUGUCCUUGUCUUUGUUGCAGAGAAGGACAUAUUGUGUGAAAGAGGGAAGCUUUAUUAUGAAAAUAUAGUAAAAAGCGGAUGGAAAGGAAAAGCAGAGAUUGUGGAGACAAAAGGAGAAGAUCAUGUUUUCCAUAUUUUUAAGCCAGAUUGUGAGAAUGCUCAUGUGUUGAUGAAGCGCUGGGCUACUUUCAUCAACCAAGCAUAGUAGAGUAACUUUGCUUUGUGUCAAUUAUAUGUAUAACUUUACAGGUAGAUUUGCAAUUCCAAAAUCUAAAGUAUUUACUUUACUGUAACCUAGUUUUGAUUUUAGAUUUGAUUGUUUGCCUCCUUA